CUCAAGCGCCUGCCUCUACAGUUGGUACAGAUGGCAUUGUCCCAGUUUGUUCCCUUCUCAGCCACAGAGCUUCUCCUGACCUCUACCGUCUUCUGCCUGGUAUUCUGGGUGUUCAAGGGUUUGAGACCUCGGGUCCCCAAAGGCCUGAAAAGCCCACCAGAGCCAUGGCGCUGGCCCCUGCUCGGGCACGUGCUGACCCUGGGGAAGAACCCGCACCUGGCACUGACGAAGAUGAGUCAGCGGUACGGGGACGUGCUGCAGAUCCACAUUGGCUCCACGCCCGUGGUGGUGCUGAGCGGCCUGGACACCAUCCGGCAGGCCCUGGUGCGGCAGGGCGACGAUUUCAAGGGCCGGCCCGACCUCUACAGCUUCACCCUGAUCACUGAUGGCCAGAGCAUGUCCUUCAGCCCAGACUCUGGACCCGUGUGGGCUGCCCGCCGGCGCCUGGCCCAGAACGCCCUCAACACCUUCUCCAUCGCCUCUGACCCAGCCUCCUCAUCCUCCUGCUACCUGGAGGAGCAUGUAAGCAAGGAGGCUGAGGCCCUGAUCGGCAGGUUGCAGGAGCUGAUGGCAGGGCCUGGGUGCUUUGACCCUUACAAUCAGAUAGUGGAGUCAGUGGUCAAAGUCAUUGGUGCCAUGUGCUUCGGACAGCACUUCCCCGAGAGCAGCGAUGAGAUGCUCAGCCUCAUGAAGAACAGUCAUGUGUUCGUGGAGAAUGCCACCUCUGGGAACCCCGUGGACUUCUUCCCCAUCCUUCGCUACCUACCCAACCCUGCCCUGCAGAGGUUCAAGGCCUUCAACCAGAGGUUCCUGAGGUUCCUGCGGGAAACAGUCCAGGAGCACUAUCAGGACUCUGACAAGAACAGUGUCCAGGACAUCACGGGUGCCCUGUUCAAGCACUGCGAGAAGAGGUCUGGAGCCAGCGGUGACCUCAUCCCCCAGGAGAAGAUUGUCAACCUUGUCAACGACAUCUUUGGAGCAGGGUUUGAUACAAUCACAACAGCCAUCUCCUGGAGCCUCAUGUACCUCGUGACCAAGCCUGAGAUACAGAGGAAGAUCCAGAAAGAACUGGACACUGUGAUUGGCAGGGGGCGGCGGCCCCGGCUCUCUGACAGACCCCAGCUGCCCUACUUGGAGGCCUUCAUCCUGGAGACCUUCCGACACUCCUCCUUUGUCCCCUUCACCAUUCCCCACAGCACAACAAGGGACACAACACUGAAAGGCUUCUACAUCCCCAAGGAAUGCUGUGUCUUCAUAAACCAGUGGCAGGUCAACCAUGACCCGCAGCUGUGGGGGGACCCAUCUGAGUUCCGGCCUGAGCGGUUCCUCACCGCCAAAGGCACCGCCCUCAACAAGCCCUUGAGUGAGAAGAUACUGCUGUUUGGCCUGGGCAAGCGCCGGUGCAUCGGGGAGGUUCUGGGCAAGUGGGAGGUCUUCCUCUUCCUGGCCAUCCUGCUGCAGCAGCUGGAGUUCAGCGUGCCGCCGGGCGUGCAAAUCGACCUGACCCCCACCUACGGGCUGACCAUGAAGCACGCCCGCUGCGAACACGUCCAGGCGCGGCUGCGCUUCUCCUUCCAGUGAGGAAGACACCGCCAUGCGGAGACUGGGGACCGAGUGGAGAUCGGCCCGGGGGACUCAGCCCUCGUUUCUCUUCCUUUCUUUUUUCUUUUCAAAAAUAGCUGCUUGGAGGAGGCCGAGGCGGGUGGAUCACGAGGUCAAGAGAUUGAGACCAUCCUGGUCAACAUGGUGAAACCCCGUCUCUACUAAAAAUACAAAAAAUUAACUGGGCAUGGUGGCGCAUGCCUGUAAUCCCAGCUACUCAGGAGGCUGAGGCAGGAGAAUUGCCUGAACCCAGGAAGCGGAGGUUGCGGUGAGCCGAGAUCACGCCAUUGCACUCCAGCCUGGGUAACAAGAGCGAAACUCCGUCUC